UUGCUUUCCACGUAACUGGGUGUUGAGGGCUAUGUAGUUAUAAAGUUUGCCAGGCUCAGUUGUAGAUUUCCUUAAGACAUACUGCUGACAUCACUGAGUCUCCUCUCAGAGUUCUCUCUCUCUCUCUCUCUCUCUUUCUCCCUCCCUCCCUCUCCUCCCUCCCUCUCUCGAGUUUCUUUAUUCAGGUAAUUCCAACUCAGACUUAUUCCAACUUGUUUUGACUGACAGUAGGGAAGGGAGACUCUCUGAGGGUUGUGUUUUGGGUUUUUUUUGUUUGCUUUUUUUUUGUUUGUUUGUUUUUAAACCACACAUGCUUUAUUGAAAAGACAUCCCACCUUUUAUAAAAAAAGAUUGUUUGACUUGUCAUGACGAUAACAUCUAGUAAGGAAUCUGAACGUUGCUCUUUUACAGAUCACUUGAAGGUUUUUUCCUGUUUAUUAUCCGGACAUGCUGCGUACUGUGUGUUGAUUUGACUGUCACAUAAGGAAUCUCCUACUGGGAUCACUGAUGCCUUCCUUUCUUAUAUAUGUACAUGUGUGUAUGGCAAUGGCUCCUAAGCUACGGAAGAGAAUGUUGGUGAUUAAACCAAAACUGGAAGAGACAGAGGUGGUGUGCUGGAUCUCCGUUCUAAACCAAGCAUUGACGCGACUAUAAUUUUGAUCAGAUGUCUCUCUUCAGGGCUUUAAAGAAAACCUGCUCAGUAAUCAAAAAGAGCCUCUUCUCUAGAGAAACGACUGAAGCAGUGAGAAUGGAAACCACAAAGAUUAAUAUGUCUCGCAUACCGCUGGUUAACGGAGGCAUCGACACUGCCAUGCUCAAGGCACACAAACCCCGUGUGAUGUCCAAAAGCGGUCACAGCAAUGUGCGGAUAGACAAAGUCGAUGGCAUUUACCUACUCUACCUGCAAGAUUUGUGGACUACAGUCAUAGACAUGAAGUGGAGGUACAAACUCACCUUAUUUGCUGCUACUUUUGUUAUGACCUGGUUCCUCUUUGGAGUUAUCUACUAUGCCAUUGCAUUCCUUCAUGGUGAUUUAGAAAUAAACAAAUUCACCCCAAAGCGCGAGCCGUGUGUCAAGAACGUAGACUCUCUAACUGGGGCAUUCCUCUUCUCCCUGGAGUCACAGACAACCAUUGGCUAUGGAUUUCGUUUCAUUACAGAGGAGUGUCCUCAUGCCAUUUUCUUACUUGUGGCCCAACUGGUAAUCACCACCUUGAUUGAAAUCUUCAUCACGGGUACCUUUCUGGCCAAAAUUGCAAGACCUAAAAAAAGGGCAGAGACUAUUAAAUUCAGCCACUGUGCCGUCAUUACAAAACACAAUGGAGAACUUUGCCUGGUGAUCAGAGUAGCAAAUAUGAGGAAAAGCCUUCUGAUACAGUGUCAGCUGUCUGGGAAGCUUCUUCAGACGUAUGAAACCAAAGAAGGGGAGCGGAUCCUGCUGAAUCAAGCCAGUGUCAAGUUCAAUGUUGACUCCUCUUCAGAGAGUCCAUUUCUCAUUUUGCCUUUAACCUUCUACCAUAUUUUGGAUGAAAGCAGCCCUUUGAGAGAUCUCACACCUCAGAAUCUCAAGGAGAAGGACUUCGAGCUUGUGGUGCUUCUGAAUGCCACGGUGGAGUCCACCAGUGCUGUCUGCCAAAGCAGGACUUCCUACAUCCCCGAGGAGAUCCACUGGGGCUACGAGUUCGUGCCUGUGGUUUCUCUCUCUCCAAAUGGAAAGUACGUUGCGGAUUUCAGUCAGUUUGAGAAGAUUAGGAGAAGCACAGAUUCUACUUUUUAUAGUAUGGACUCUGAAAAACAAAAAUUAGAGGAGAAAUACAGGCAGGAGGAUCAAAGAGAGAGGGAACUGAGAACGAUGUUGUUACAGCAGAGCAAUGUUUGAAUGCACAAACUAUUUUGAUUAAUCCCUUUUGCAAACUGAAAAAACAUACUCUCUGUGCUGUAUGUCUGCUAUGAAACCAGCAGUGAAGUUAUUUUCAGCAAAUAGCUUUGGUGUAGAGUAAACCUAUCCCUUUGUUUGGCUGAAUUGUUAAUCAAGUAUUUUGUAAUUAGGCAGGAUUUCUUUGUUCAUGAUCUUGACUUAGCAAAGUUGGAUUUUUAUUAAGUCUCUGCCUUAUACCACCACUAAAAGCAGACACACCACUUUCCGUUUGGAAAGUGAAACUGGAUGCACUGUGCUGAUUCCUUCACAUAUUUAUUUGACAUGGUUUUACUGUGAACCUGCAUUCACAGAGGCAGCACACCGUACUGCUAGAAGAAAAUACGCUCCUUUAAAAUAUGUAUAUUUAAAAUGGAUAUUCUUGUACCAGCUGGUGCCUUCACAGGGAUUCCUGGCACUGAAAGUAAGUUGAUUGGAGAGACAAAUGGUUGGAUGUGGGAACAGCCUGCAGGGAAUUGAUAAACUCCUUCUUAAAUCUUGAAGGAGGGUGACAGAGCAGUCGCGCUGGGUGGUGAGGAAGGGAGCUUGCUUUCUGUGUCGGCCACUCAGAGCUUCUUUUGUGACCACUCACUUUUUUAACCUUGCUAAUGACUGAUUUAUGUAUAAUAGCAAAAAGGGGAGAUGAGGGCAAGCUACACAGAAUUGUAACUGUAAUCAACUAAGGUUACAGCUGGCUUUGAGACACCUGUUUUCUAUCCAAUGUAAAUAGUUUGUAAUAGCAGCAUAACAAAACAUUUCUACAGAUUGCUUGCUUUGCUAUGGACCAUAUUUAAUUUUGGUUAAAAGAAAGCUGUAUAAUGUCUGUAGACAAUAUUUACUUUUUCUGGCAGCAGUAAAGUACAAGCAUUCCUUUCAUGGAUUUCAUUUUUGGUCUUUUAAAACCAUUCCAUUAAUAAAGGAAUUUAAUUUGA